AUGAUGGCUUUUGAAGUAGACCCAGUUCAGUACUAUCUGAUUGAAGCGGAAAUUCACGAUAUUCUCCAACCCCAACAACCAACCCCCUCCACCUGCACCUCGGCUUCGGGAUCAGUGUCUUGUGAAGAAGAACGGAAGCGUAGACGAAUGAUCUCAAACCGGGAAUCAGCCAAGAGGUCCAGGCAACGAAAGAAACGCCGGUUACAGGAACUAACAGAUCAGCUUAGACGACUAAGAAUGGAAAAUGGGGAGCUCAAGACCCAGAUGACCUCAAUUGUAAACCAUCGCAACUACCUCCUCACUCAAAACUGUCACCUCCAGUCCGAGAGCCUUCUUCUCCAGUCAAAGUUGUCUGCUCUUUGCCAACUUCUAGUCUGUAGUCGGACAUUCAGUUGUAUGAAUUAG